AUGCAGAAACUCUGCAUGCACCGGUACAGCUCUGUCCUUGGCCUUCUCCAUCGAUUGCCUCCUUCCUUUCGUUCUCGACCACUGAUCCCUGCGGCGUUCGCUCCGUCCACUCUCACGCAACAUUUCCGUCGUCCGCUGAGUUCAAUGCAAGCAGUCCAAACGCCAUCCGAGACUUAUGGCAACUUUGACUUGGUUCGAAGAGUGAAGCUUGACUUCACGGACGUUGUCGUUUCGAAGUGGAGAAGUAGAGUCACUGGUCUCAGCAUUGUGCAUCUCGACUAUGAAGCUCCGCUGGUCAACGGAUAUUUCGUAGUUGCUACAGAAAUCUUUAACGACAGUGGAUGCCCUCAUACGCUUGAACAUCUGGUUUUCAUGGGCUCGGAAAAAUACAAAUACAAAGGGAUUAUCGAUCAUUUAGCCAAUCGUGGCUUCUCUAACGGCACCAAUGCUUGGACCGACGACGAUCAUACAGCCUACACUGUCUCUACUGCCGGAGGACAAGGAUUCUUACAACUGCUUCCAAUUUACGUCGACCACAUUCUUUACCCUACUUUGACUAAGGCUGGGUUUGUUACAGAGGUUCACCACAUAGAUGGAAAAGGACACGACUCCGGGGUAGUGUACAGUGAAAUGCAAGGAAGGGAAAACACGUCUGGAGAUUUAAUGGCUCUUCGGGCCCAACGGCUCCUCGAGCCACCGGAGAGUGCUUACCGGAGUGAAACCGGCGGCCUGAUGGAAGCACUUCGCGUGCUAACUGUAGAACAAAUCCGGGAUUAUCACCAAACCUACUACGUACCACACAACUUGGUCCUUAUCGCAACGGGUAAGUUGGCCGGAGGGACGGAUUCGCUGUUGAAGGUCGCCCAGGAAGAGGUCGAACCCUCUAUCAUCGCUCACGGUCAAAAUCACGGUCCUCGUCCGAAUGGUUGGAAACGACCCUUCUUGGAAACUCCCAGUGCCAACCGUAAACCAAUUCCAAAGAACAUCCAAGAAAUUGUCGAAUUCCCUGAAAAGGAUGAAUCUAUGGGUGAACUCAUCAUCACUUUCCUCGGUCCUCCUGUCAAUGAAUUCCUUGAGCGAAAGGCACUCGAUCUACUAGGAUCGUAUCUCACCUCAUCCGCCGUUGCUCCGCUCAAUAGGGAAUACGUGGAAAUAGAAUCACCACUCUGCUCGUACAUUUACUUCAGCGAGGAUACCCGUGCUACAAUGACCAACCUGCCCGUCUACAUCGGUUCCGUACCCACAGAAUAUCUAGAAACUUUCUCUGAGAAGCUUCAAGCCAGCUUCAAGCGCAUAGUACAAGAAGGUAUUGAUAUGAAGAGAAUGGCUAUGGUCAUCGAUCGAGAUGAACGUCAGCUACGAAGCAAACUCGAAUCUGCCAAAGGAGAUACCUUUUCUGGAACGAUCAUCACUGACUUCUUGUACGGCAAGGAGGACGGCUCGGACAUAGCGGAUUCUAUGGAUGAGAUAAAUCAGUACGCUCAGGUACGAAAUUGGACAAGUGACCAAUGGACAGGUAUUCUCAAGAAGUACUUUAUUGACGCUGCCAGCAUCGUUGUGUGUGGUAAACCAUCGGCUUCGCUUGCGAAGAAACUCGAGAAGGACGAAAAGGCGCGCCUCGCAACUCAGAUAAAGCGACUUGGCCCAAAGGGAUUGGAGGAAGCUGAGAAGGAGUUGGAGGCUGCAAAGGCGGAGCACGAUGUGCCGAUACCAACUGAGAUCUUGAAAUCCUUCCCCGUUCCUGACGUCAAGAGUAUCGUAUGGAUUCCGGUGCAGAGUGUGCAAGAGGUUGGGACAGGAAGAAAGGCCGGGCGCGCUCCCUCCUCGACCGAGCUCUCCAAGCACAUCGAAUCGGACGGGUCUCCUCUUCCGUUCUUCGUUCAGUACGACCAUGUCCAAUCCGAUUUCGUUACCGUGCAUGCAUACUUCUCACUGGCCCACCUCCCGCAUCGACUUAGACCAUAUGUCUCUACGUACCUGGCCGCAUUCUUCUCGCUCCCCGUAAAGACACACGAUGGAUCAACCUUGACUCAUGAGGAGGUCAUCAACAGACUCGACAACGAGACUGUUUCGUAUGAAGUAGGGAAUGGUCUUUCUGGCUCAUUCCAGGAGCUCGUCCGUGUCUCAAUUAAAGUCGAAACUGCUGCUUAUGAGAAGGCCGUGGCCUGGAUCAGGGACCUUGUAUAUGGGCUUGUCUUCGACAAGGAGCGACUGCAAGUAACCGUAGCUAAAAUACAGCAAUCUCUCCCGGAGAUGAAGCGUGACGGAAACACUGUCCUGGUAUCCACAUGGCACGACCUCAUCUAUGACGAGAGCUCGACAGAGCGUGCGAAUGGAGUCCUCCGCCAGAUACAGUUCAUCCCUACGCUAGCGAAACUCCUUCAAGAUUCUCCGGAUGAAGUCAUCGCAGACCUCGAAGAGAUUAGGAAAUACAUGACUGAACCUUCUGGUGUCCGUUUCUCUGUGGCUGGCAAUGUCCUUGCGCUCCCAAGUCCACGCCAAACAUGGGGCAAGUAUUUCGGGACAUCUUUCCCGGAAAUUCCCCUUGCUCCUGUCCCGUUAGCCCGUCAAACACUCAGCGAGCUCGGCAAGAACCCAGUCCGCAAAGCUGUUGUCAUGAGUCUCCCUACAGUUGAGAGCUCGUACGUCAUGCACACCACCAAAGGAAUACAGGGUUUCGACCACCCCGAAUACCCUGUUAUUCGUGUUGCUCUCGAGGUUCUCAAUGCGACUGAAGGCUUCCUUUGGCGAUAUAUCCGUGGCUCUGGUUUGGCUUACGGAGCCUAUGUGUCCAUCGAUCCAGAAGCUGGCCUCUUGAGUUUCACCUUGUACCGAAGCUCAAAUGCCAUCAAGGCGUACGAAGAAGCACACAAGGUUAUGAACGAACUCGUAGAUGGAACUGUGCAACUAGACGAGGAAACAUUGGAUGCUGGCAAGAGUAGCAUCGUCUACGGCGUGGCGAAGGGAGUAUCCACCGCGGGCCGAGCAGCCAUCGCCUCGUUCUCAAACCAAGCCUUGAAGGACGUUCCGCAAAACUUCCAGAUCGACCUCCUCGAAAAAUACCAAAAGGUCACCAAAGAACAAGUCCUCGAAGUCCUCAAGAAGUAUUUCUUGCCGCUCUUCAAGGCCGAGUCUUCAGUGGCCGUGGCCGUGACGGCCCCUUCAAAAUCGGGUCCCAUAGCCGCUGCGCUGUCCGAGCAUGGAUUUGAUGUCGAUAGCAGGUCAAUACAGGUUGAUGCUAAAGAACUGGAGGAGGGUUCUGAGAGUUCGGAAGGCUCGGAAGACGAAGAUUCCGACAGUGAUCAUUCGGCACGUUAG